CGGGAGGUUUAUAUAGCUGGAAUGCUAGCUAUGCCAAGACGAGGCCAUCAAGGAAGCGGGGGUCCAAGCUCAGCAGACUUUGACAAGAUGAGACCAUGACGAAGGAUCGACCCGAAGAGAGCUAGCUGAACCAACCCUGCACAUCAUCGGGUAGCACAGCUUUCUUUGAGGGGGGGAGCAGCUGGAGGCAGAUGUUGGCGGCGCCACGGGGCUGAUAUCGAAUGAAAGCAGAGAUUCGUGGCUCCAGAUUGGUGAAAUGGGCAGCUAAUGCAAAGCCAAUUUCUGUCAGCUACGUCUAUUUGGCUGCAUUGAUAUGGCCUUGGCUAACUAUUCAAGUUUUUUUUGGUUGUGUGACACAGAAUAAAAUUGUUUGGCAGGUUUCAGAGGCUGAUUGAGUCGGAGGGGCUGCCUUAUUGCGGCAGAGGAAUAGUGACGUCAUGACUAUCAAG